UUGUGGGAGUACUGGGCAGGGGCGGACUGACCAUUUGGAAACUCGGGCACUGCCCGAGGGCCUGGGGUCAGUAGGGGGCCCCAUGAGAUGCCCCUGGUACCUUUUUUCAUAGGCUUUUUUGAGUUUGGGCAAGGACACAGGGGCCCCAUGAUCCCCUAUUGCCCGGGGGCCCCAGGAGUUGUCAGUCUGCCCCUGGUACUGGUGCCACCCACCAGUGCCACCCAGUGCCCAGCAGUGCCGCAAGUCAGUGCCCAUCAUCAGUGCCAGCUCAUCAGUGCC